AGGAACAACCGACAACUCGCGUUCAGCGCUCUCCCCGAGUCUGUCUCUCCCUCUCGCUCCGAGUCGAGCUUGUUACGCAGUUAAAUCCUUUCCAAGGGCCAUUUGUUUCUUUCGCCUUUGCCUUCCCCCCCCCCCCCCGUCCUGUGCGGGAUGCGGCCGCUGCUGUAGGACCCCGCUGGAUCAGUUUUUCUUUUUUAAAAACAAGUUUACAACAAGCGUCGGUCUGAAGGAGACAGAAAAUGUCCUCGUCGAGGUUCAAAAAGGAUAAAGAAAUCGUCGCGGAUUACGAGAGUCAAGUCAAAGAGAUCCGCGCCCAGUUGGUGGAACAGCAGAAAUGUAUGGACCAGCAGACGGAGAUGAGGGUCCAGCUUCUGCAAGACCUCCAGGAUUUCUUCAGGAAGAAGGCGGAGAUUGAGAUGGAGUACUCCAGAAACCUGGAGAAACUGGCCGAACGCUUCAUGGCGAAGACGCGCAGCACCAAGGAUCACCAGCAGUACAAAAAGGACCAGAACCUGCUGUCUCCGGUCAACUGUUGGUACCUGCUGCUGAACCAGGUGAGGAGGGAGAGUAAGGACCACGCAACACUGAGUGACAUCUACCUCAACAACGUCAUCAUGAGGUUCAUGCAGAUCAGUGAGGACUCCACACGGCUACUAAAGAAGAGCAAGGAAAUAGCCUUUCAGCUCCAGGAAGACUUGAUGAAGGUCCUUAAUGAGCUGUACACAGUGAUGAAGACUUACCACAUGUACCAUUCAGAGAGCAUCAGCGCCGAGAGCAAGCUGAAAGAGGCUGAGAAGCAGGAGGAGAAGCAGAUCGGCAGGGGAGAGCAGGUCUUCAGCAUCCGAAUGGAAGACAAAUACCAGAGGCGCAGCUCUGUGAAAAAGAUCGAGAAGAUGAAAGAGAAGCGGCAAGCCAAGUACUCCGAGAACAAGCUGAAGUCGAUCAAAGCGCGGAACGAGUACUUGCUGACGCUGGAGGCGUCAAACUCCUCAGUUUUCAAAUACUACAUCCACGACUUGUCGGACCUGAUCGAUUGCUGUGAUUUGGGGUACCAUGCCAGUCUGAACCGGGCCCUGCGCACGUACCUGUCGGCCGAAUACAACCUGGAGACUUCACGCCACGAGGGUCUCGACAUCAUAGAGAACGCCGUGGACAGUCUGGACCCGCGGAGUGACCGCCAGAGGUUCAUGGAGAUGUUCCCGACGGCCUUCUGCCCACCGGCAAAAUUUGAGUUCCAGUCUCAUAUGGGAGACGAGGUGUGUCAGAUCUCAGUGCAGCCAGCGAUGAAUGGAGAGCUCAUCCUGAGGUUCCAGCAGCUUCAGUCUCGCCUGGCUACUCUCAAGAUCGAGAACGAGGAGAUCAAGAAGACGUCGGAGGCCACGCUGACCACGAUCCAGGACAUCGUCACCAUUGAGGACUACGACGUGUCCGAGUGUUUCCACCACAGCCGAUCAACAGAGUCCGUCAAGUCCACGGUGUCAGAGACGUACCUCAGCAAGCCCAGCAUCGCCAAGAGGAGGGCCAACCAGCAGGAGACCGAGCAGUUCUACUUCAUGAAAUUUCGGGAGUUUCUGGAGGGCAGCAAUCUCAUCUCCAAACUGCAGGCCAAACACGACUUGCUGAAGAGGACACUUGGUGAAGGCCACAGAGCGGACUACAUGACCACAAGACAUCCCAGUGGGCCAUUCAAAACCCACACCGGCACCCGGCGGGCUAGACCCCGCUCAGUUUUUAAUGUUAGGUUGUUUAAUGGCAAUUUGGAGUCAUUUAUCAAGGACUCUGGACAAGCUAUUCCCCGCGUGGUAGAAAGCUGUAUUCGCUUCAUAAAUUUGUACGGCCUCCAACAUCAAGGAAUAUUUCGGGUAUCUGGAUCGCAGCUGGAGGUCAAUGACAUCAAGAACUCUUUCGAAAGAGGAAAUGACCCCCUGACGGAUGAUGAGAACAAUCAUGACAUCAACUCGGUGGCUGGCGUUCUCAAACUAUACUUCCGUGGUCUGGAAAACCCUCUGUUCCCCAAAGAGAGGUUCAACGAUCUGCUGUCCAGCAUCAGAAUAGAAAACCUGUAUGAGAGGGCGCUGUACAUCCGUAAGAUCCUUCUGACCGUUCCCAGAUCCGUCCUCAUCGUCAUGCGCUACCUCUUCGCCUUCCUCAACCACUUGUCCCAGUACAGCGACGAGAACAUGAUGGACCCGUACAACCUGGCCAUAUGCUACGGCCCCACACUCAUGCCCACACCGGACAGCCUGGACCAGGUCUCCUGCCAAGCCCACGUCAACGAGAUUGUCAAGACCAUCAUCAUCCACCAUGAGACCAUCUUUCCUGAUGCCAAAGAACUGGAGGGGCCCAUCUACGAGAAGUGCAUGGCGGGCGGAGACUACUGUGAGAGCCCCUACAGUGAGCAUGGAGCCCUGGAGGAAGUAGAAAACGAGGGAGGGACGGAGACGCACACCAGCGAGGACGAGGGUGAGCCCAUUGAGGCCAUCGCCAAGUUUGACUACGUUGGGCGCUCGUCCCGAGAGUUGUCCUUCAAGAAGGGCGCCUCCCUGCUGCUGUACCAGCGGGCGUCAGACGACUGGUGGGAGGGACGGCACAACGGCAUCGAUGGCCUGGUGCCCCACCAGUACAUCGUGGUCCAAGACAUAGAUGACAGUUUCUCAGACACCCUGAGUCAGAAGGCUGACAGCGAGGCCAGCAGCGGCCACGCCGGAGAGGAUAAAGGCCUAGGAAAAGACAUCGGCUCGCCCUCUGACACCAGGAUCUCUGACGCCUAUAUCAGCAGCAGGCACAAGAAAAGAUCAGAACCACCAUCUCGGCGGCCCCCGGCCCGUCCCACUGACGCCCACUGCAUGGUGCAUCCCUCCCAGCAUGGCCACGAAGGACACACCCCCGAGAUGGGCUCCCCGGUUAUAGGCCACCUCAGCCCACGGGACAUGCUGCGGAGUCGCAGCCACGUGCCCGUGGACAGCCCCGAGCGCCGCCGCCGCACCGGCCACGGCAGCCUGACUAACAUCAGCCGCAGCGAGGCGCUGAAGAAGAUGGAGAGCCCCCCGAUCCGCCGCUCCACCUCCUCGGGCCAGUACACGGGCUUCGCCGACGCCCACCACCACCAUCACCACCACCACCACCACGGCGGCAAGCCCCUCGACCCGGAGACCAUCGCACAGGACAUAGAAGAAACUAUGAACACUGCUCUGAACGAGCUGCGCGAGCUGGAGCGUCAGAGCUCGGCCAAGCACGCGCCCGACGUGGUGCUGGACACCCUCGAGCAGCGGCAGACCUCUGGGGGCAGCGGCGGGGGUCCCACGCCGGCCAGCUCCAGCGAGUCCCUCAGCCCCAUCCACGGCGUCACGCUGCGGCCCACCGCCAGCGCCGAGCCGCCCAUCCGCCGCAGCACCAGCUCCUCCAGCGACACCAUGAGCACAUUCAAGCCCCUGGUGGCCCCCCGCAUGGGGGUGCAGCUCAAGCCCCCGGCCCUGAGGCCCAAGCCCAUGCUCCUGCCCAGGUCCGGCCAGGCCUCCCAGCCGGCGGCCUCAGCUGCUCAGGACCCUCUGGACAAGUCCUGCACCAUGUAGCUCCGGGAAAGAGAACCGUAGAUGUGAAACAAAGACGAUGAAGUUCCAUGAAAUGCUACCCGUGUCCAUCCUUCGUGGGCGGCCGACAUGCAGGAGCACAUUCAUGUGUCGAUGUGCUUAGUUUACUAUUAUCUAUCAAAUGUCUAAGAAAUUCAAACAACAGAUCACAAAGGCUUCCGUCAAGGUUUUAGAAAACGUGCACUAGUUAGUUUAGUUUGCAGACAUUCAUGAACCGUUUAACCACUGAACCGGAAAGGGAGCUUGAUGCAGCGGCAUUCUCUCAUACGGGGACUUAAUGUUUGUUUGUUUUUUCACGUAGGAGGGCUUUCGAAGCGGUUGUGCGCUGGCUGUAAGCCCUUUUGACUUUGAGACGUAACAGAUUUCCCAUGUUAAACUAUUAUAAAGGUGCUGUAACUACCUGGACAGAAAUGGUUCGGAAAGGUCAGGGGCCUGAAGAGCCGUUAACUAACAUUAGACGGUUUAUAGAUAGUAGUAGUGAUUAGCAGUGUGCUCUCUUCACUAGCGUGUAGACAACUUUCCUUAGCAACGCACAGCCUCUGCUGUGUGUCUGUGUGAGAUGUACAAAGCUCACCUCUGUACUGGGUUCACUGCAAAAAUAAUUUCAACAUGCUUCCACAUUGGCUGCAGUGAGAUGAGACCAAUGGAUGAAACCACUACAUUGUGAACUGUGUUUGAAUUUGACAAAUUCUUCAUUUCAGGAUAAUACAGGCCUUAUUAUUCAUUUCCCUUUGCAUCCAUACAACGAAUGGUGGAGCAGCGUGGAAAACGAUGACCAAUCAUUUCCCACCAGCAGCGUACGCGGCGCUGAAGACACGCCGAGGUUCUGUCGUGCCUCGCCGGGCCCGAUCUACUCAGAGACACGACUGAACAAGUCAACGAGACGGACGUGACCCUCCACUUUUGAUUUAGGCAGAAUUCAUGUGAACUGGCGUGAACGGGUUCAAAGCCGUAGCCACGUAGCGACUGUUGGCGUGGAAGCCUCCCUGAUGUGUUCUGCUUCCUGUGCUUCUCUGCGACCAGCAGCCCACUCCGCGUCCUCCUGUGACAGCGUCCCUCCACUGUGUCUUUUUCAAAAUAGCGUCAGUACUUCUACUGUACUCACAGAACUGUGUGCAUGACCUGGGAGUGUUUGGCUAGCAAAGUGACACACAUAAUAUAAUUGGUUUGUGAUGAAUAAAUAAUGCUCUCUAACCGCGCAGGUUUACACUUUGACUUGACAGAUAUUGCGUGUAUAAUAGUGAAAAGAAGAUUACAAUCUGACUUACUUUUUUCCUUUUCUUUUUUUUUUUUUUGUUCAUGUUUGUUGUGUUUCUGGAUAUAAAUGACUUAGUAAUAAACAUCCAGAGGUGCAGUAUUAAGCCAGUUGUAAUAAAGAAAAGUGCUUUGGUCACUGUUAGGUUAUCAUCAACAGUAGGACUCCGUAACGCCGUCUGUAGGCUUUCAGCUUCUCUGUGGUGUCCCGUACAUCCGUAGUAUGUACUCGUGAAAGUGCCUUUUGAAAAAUGUUUUAGAGGAACUUCAGACAUUGCGUAUUGUUGCAUUUUCAUGUCAUUCUGUUUUAUUUUAUUUUUUGUUUGAAAAUAUGCAGUACAGGAAGAACAUGAAUAAGUAACGAUGCCAUUUUCCAAACAGUUAUACGACAGAAUGAAUAAUGAAAAGCUUACCCAUUGUGACAUUGCACUUUUAUGUAUAUAACUGUAUAUAUGGCAUGUUACAUCAUAACAUUUAGAUUUCUUCGAGGGCUUAUACCUCAGUGGAUUUCUUUCUAAUAAAGGAAAUAGUUUGUCGAG